AUGGAUCAACUCCUAGAACGAGAAAAGUUCUCCGUUCCUAUCCCACUUCCGGUUUACAUUCGGACCAGAUCGCCUUCAGGAUCGGAUUUCCUCGGCAAGUCCAAGAAAUGCCGCCGAAGUCGGACGGUCUUUACCGAACUACAACUGAUGGGACUUGAGAAGAAGUUCGAGACACAGAAAUACCUGUCCACCCCCGACCGGAUUGAACUGGCUGAGAGUCUGGGUCUGACGCAGAUCCAGGUUAAGACCUGGUACCAGAACCGGCGGAUGAAGUGGAAGAAGAUGGUGCUGCAGAAAGGAGGAGCCGAGCCGCCGACUAAACCUAAAGGACGUCCCAAGAAGACAUGUCCAGAGAUGGAAGAGACAGCCUCACACACUGUCUCAGUCAGCAACGAGCAACUGUCUCCCGACUCCGAUAACAGCUCUUGUUGCGAUAUCGACGUCACGGAGUGUGUGACGUCAUCAUCUGUGACAUCAUCGGGGUGUCAGUAG